UAAAAUGGCGUCAUCGAAGGAAACCUAUUGUUUGUGUGGUCAACCAUAUAAUAUUGGACAAUUUAUGAUAGAAUGUGACUGCUGUCGUGAAUGGUUUCAUGGCAGCUGUGUAGACGUAAAGAUCUACCACUCCGAUGACAUAGACAAGUACCAUUGCCCAAAAUGUGCCCAGACAUACGGACCUUCAGUGUUAAAAAUCCCCACAAACAACCACCGAGCAGACCGUUACGAGCUCGGCGCAGAGACCCGACCGUCUCAAGUGGGGACCCCGGCAUGGGUCCGAGCCUUAGCAGCCAGGCCACUACGUCCCGUACCAGCAGCGUUGCACCGUAUGCGAGCGGUUCACUUCACAGAGGAACUGGUCCGGGAUGACGGAUUCAACAGACCGGUGAUAUUCCACUCGAGCGAAGGGCUGGAUAUGAAGUUGCCCAAUGCAGCCACGUUUACUGUGAGGUCUGUGCUGAGGUUCUGUGGCGCUCAGUUAGAGGUGGAAGUGAUAGACGUCCGCAAGCAGUCCACACUGCGGAUGCCUCUGGGGGACUUCGUGGACUACUUCGAGACGCCGCCCGAGCAUAGGGACGAGAAGGUCCUCAAUGUGCUCAGCUUGGAGUUCUCCGACACCAAUAUGGCGCCGCUAGUGGAGCCCCCAUCGGCAGCGCGGCGCCUGGACUGGGCGGAGCGCGCGUGGCCCCCCGCCUCAGGGGCCCCCCGGCCCGCCGUCCAGCGCUACUGCCUGAUGUCCCCCGCGGGGGCCUACACAGACUUCCACGUCGACUUCGGCGGCACCACCGUGUGGUAUCACGUGCUGCAUGGCAGAAAGAUAUUCUACCUAGUGCCUCCAACGUCUACAAAUCUUGCCUUAUACCAGCAGUGGAGUGCCUCGAACAAUCAAAAUGAACGCUUCUUCGGCGAUAUGGUGGAGUGGUACGGUACAGCCGAGCUGUGCGCAGGACAGACGCUAUUCAUCCCUAGCGGUUGGCUGCAUGCCGUGCUGACGCCCUGUGACUCGCUGGUCUUUGGAGGAAACUUUCUUCAUUCAUAUGCGAUUGAGAUGCAGCUGCAAAUCUACGAGAUCGAGCGCCGCGUGGAAACACCAGUAAUGUUCCGCUACCCGCUGUUCGAGGCCAUGCAUUGGUACGCCGGCGCGCACCUGCUCACAAUGCUGCGACGCCACAACGAGGAGACGCAGGACGAAGACUUCACACUUGGAGAGACGGUAGUGACGGCGGCGCCUGCGCAACUGCCGCCGCUGCUGCUGCGAGGGAUCAAGAUUCUCUCGAAUGCGCUUAAGGAGUGGCACGCGCUUAAGAGUACGGACGCAGCGAAGCGAGACAACGUUCCAAAAUGCCUCAACUCUGGUCAACUGGUGCGGGAGUUGUGUAAAGAACUCAGGACCCUCGAGAAGCGCUCUGCCAGUGCUGCCAAUAAGGACAAGGACUUCAAACUCAAAACCACAUCUCCCAGCAAGCAGUCUCACUCCCGAAAGCAGCAGAGCGCUAAGAAGUCUCUAAAAUUGACACUUCCAAAGCCAAUCAUGCAUAUGGCGCAGCCUGCGGAAUUGCCUGAAGAAAAAACGUACACCGAAAAGUUCUAUGCUGACGGCAAAGAACUGAUCUACACUGACACUAGGUACAUCGCCCAAGACAUAAAAUACGCCAACGGCCUGCCAGAGACAAAAUAUGUAGCCGAAGACAAGACCAUGCUGCUCCCAGAGAAGUAUGCCUACCAGACCUUCGAGGAGCAGCCUUAUGUGGAAGGAAACGGGUACUUGGAGCGACCUGAUAAGAAAACUGUGCUGAAGAUCAAGAUGAACAACGCUCCGUCCCCUCGGCCAGAGCCGCCGCCGCCAUACAGCGGGGCGGAGCACUCCAUUCUCAAAUCGCACCUAGUCCGCGACCGACCGGCUUUGAAACCGCUCCACCAGUGGACCAUCUCCAAGAAGGACAUAGGAGACUACCACGAGGAGCAGAUCCUGUUUACCAAUGAGAACUUACAUGCUAACAUGAGGAUCGACUCGCAGGAGAUCAACUAUGGGCCUGGCAUGUACUCCGCGGAGGACAUCCAGCCGGACUACCAGUACUCGGAGACGGCUAAACCAGGUUCAUACCAGCCGGAGUACACCUACCCGCACGAAUACGUGGAAACCUACCCGCGGUAUGAUGAGCACGCGCCGCCGCCUGUGCACCAGCAAGCAAGCUAUAGCAACGUCCCCAGUGCGCCGGCGCAACCAGAGCAGAAUAACGGCGCCUACCACGCCCCGCUGCCGUCCUACGACGCCGCCAUUGCGCAGCAGUAUGCCAGCGUCACUUACACAAAUUCAGAGCCCAAAGCGGUUCGUCGCUCAGAGCGGCCGGUGCGACGACGCGUAUCUAACACUUACGACUAUGAAGAUGGAGACCUUUACAUAGACGAUGCGCCCGCGCCGCGCCGCCGUCGCGCGCCCAAGCACAAAACUCACCAUUCGCACGCAGCAUCAAACAGCGGCGGCGCGAGCUACCGCGCGCGGCCGGCGCCGGCCAACGGCAUCGAAUCGCUCAUCCAGGCCUCCGUGCUGGCCGAGGAGGAGCCCGGGAGCGCCACUGAGGACGCAGCAGUAGCAGGCAUGCUAAGCAUCAGCGAGCGGUACAGCGCGCCGGCGCGCGCCUUUGGGCUGGCCGCCGACGCGCCCGCCGAGCCCGCGCCGGCGUCCGCCGACCCCGCCGCCGCCGAACCGCCGGACAGUGGCACGCCGUCAAGCAGCAAGCGCACGCGAAAAGCCGCUGCAGCGGCGAGCAGCGCUGACGAGGACUUCGACGAGGAGGACGUCAUCAAGGAGGUGCACCGCGACGAGGAGUACGUAUAUCCAUCCCUGGAGAUGAGCUCGGACGAGGACGAGGAAUGGACGACGACGCGGCGGAGACGCAACUCCAGGAACAGGGGAGACAGCAAAUCCAAAAACGAAAAGGACGAGUGCUGGUCGCCGCGCGCGCGCGUGGGCCGCGUGACGCCGCGCAGUCGCGGGCCGGCGCGCGCGGGCGUGCGGCGCGAGUGCGUGCGCGCCGCACUGCACGCCGCCGCGUCCGCGCCGCCGCCGCCCGCGCCCGCGCUAGUGAAUGCAAAGAGGGCAGUGAUAGCAACAAAGAGCAGACGGCCGCCGCCGCCUGUACAAAACACGCCAAAUAACAAGAAUCUAAGACUGAAAAAGGGUAUGAAGACGGCGAAGCAGCGUCUAGGCAAAAUCCUCAAAAUACACAAGAUGAUAUAUUGAACGUAGCGUAACGUAUUGUAAAUGUAUUAGAGUAGCCUAGUUUAGGUGGACAGACGAGUGGCGGCGGCCAUUUUGAUGGCUACGCAAACUCUUUGGGGACCGAUUCUAGCUGUUUCUAAUUAUAUUUGAUACUAUCCCCAGUUAUUGCUUUAAUUUUUAUAGAGAGCUUGAGCACAAAAUAGAAGCAGAAGAAAAUCUACAUACAAAGUGCGCUCAGGCAACGCACAUAGACAACGCUCACGGACAUAAAUCGUAAAUUAUCGCAAACCAGUCUAAACCAGUGCGUGCGCGAAUGCCGCCCGAUUGAGACGCAUCUGUGUGCGUAUGCGAAAUAAAGUUAAGUUUAUUCUCAGCACUUGCCAUAUGUUUGUCUCGAAGCGCUGGUAGGUCCCAAAAGAUAAGGAGACAUGUGAA